AUGAAAGUUUUGGGAUAUAUAAACAUUAUCACCAAUUGUGUCAAUGGCAUUUUUUGCAGAGUGGAUAAAAGAAAAUAUAACCUAUUUACCAACAGUUUUAUUUACUCCAUAAAUACGACAAACUUAUAUUCAUUUACAGCCAUUAUGAAUAAAACACCAGAUUGGAUUCAGGAAAAAUGCCCGGAACAUAAAAGUUACGAUAUUGUUGAAAAAAGAUACAAUGAUAAAUUUAAUAUGACAUAUACAGUGUAUGAGCAUAAGAAGGCAAAAACGCAAGUGAUAGCAUUAGGUUCAAAUGAUCCUUUAGAUGUUGAUCAAUCAUUUGCUUUUUAUGUUAAAACGUUGACACAUUCAGGUAAAGGAAUUCCACAUAUAUUAGAACAUACAGUUUUAUCCGGUUCUAAAAAUUUCAACUAUAAAGAUUCUAUGGGGUUAUUAGAAAAAGGGACCUUAAACACACAUUUAAAUGCUUAUACUUUUAAUGAUAGAACUAUAUAUAUGGCUGGAUCAAUGAACAAUAGAGAUUUUUUCAACAUAAUGAGUAUAUAUAUGGAUAGUGUGUUUCAACCAAAUGUACUUGAGAAUAAAUUUAUAUUUCAAACAGAGGGAUGGACAUACGAAGUAGAGAAAUUGAAGGAAGAGGAAAAAAAUUUAGAUGUUCCAAAAAUAAAAGAUUAUAAGGUUUCUUUUAAUGGCAUAGUGUAUAAUGAAAUGAAAGGAUCAUUUAGCAAUCCCUUACAAGAUUUGUAUUACGAAAUUAUGAAGUAUAUAUUUCCAGAUAAUGUGCAUUCAAAUAUUAGUGGUGGAGAUCCUAAGGAAAUUCCAAAUUUAACCUAUGAAGAAUUUAAAGAGUUUUAUUACAAAAAUUACAACCCUAAGAAAAUUAAGGUAUUUUUUUUUAGCAAAAACAAUCCAACCGAACUUCUAAAUUUUGUGGACAAUUAUUUGAGUCAACUUGACUUGACCAAAUAUAGAGAUGAUGCUGUUGAGGAUGUAAAAUAUCAAGAUUAUAAAAAAGGUCCUUUUUAUGUUAAGAAGAAAUUUGCUGAUCAUUCGGAGGAAAAAGAAAAUUUAGUUUCUAUUUCCUGGUUAUUAAACCCAAAGAAAAGUAAAAGUUCUGAUGUAGAUUUAAGUUUGGAAUCCCCUACUGAUUAUUAUGCUUUGUUAAUAGUAAAUAACCUUUUGACCCAUACAUCAGAGAGUGUAUUAUAUAAAGCGUUAAUUGAAUGCGGUUUGGGUAAUAGUGUUGUUGAUAGGGGUUUAAAUGAUAGUCUUGUUCAAUAUGUUUUUAGCAUAGGAUUAAAAGGAAUUAAGGAAAAGAAUGAAAGAAAUAUAAGUAUAGAUAAAGUACAUUAUGAAGUAGAAAACGUUGUUUUGGAUGCUUUGAAAAAAGUUGUACAAGAAGGAUUCAAUAAAUCAGCUGUAGAAGCAGCAAUAAAUAAUAUAGAAUUUGUGUUGAAAGAAGCUAAUUUAAAAACUUCAAAAAGUAUCGAUUUUAUAUUUGAAAUGGCUGCACGAUUGAAUUAUAAUAGAGAUCCAAUGCUAAUGUUUGAUUUUGAAAAACAUCUAAACGUUGUUAAGCAUAAAAUAAAAAAUGAACCUAAGUAUUUAGAAAAUAUAGUUGAAAAGCAUUUCAUUAAUAAUGAUCAUCGUGCUGUUAUUUUACUUGAAGGAGAUGAACAUUAUGGAAAUGAACAAGAGAAAUUGGAAAAGGAGUCUUUAAAGAAAAGAAUUGAAAAUUUUACAGAAAAGGAAAAGGAAGAAAUAAUAAAUGAUUUUGAACAAUUAAACAAGUACAAAAAUACUGUAGAAUCACCUGAACAUUUAGAUAAAUUUCCCAUUAUUAGUAUAUCGGAUUUAAAUAAAAAAACGUUAGAAAUUCCGGUAAAUGUGUACUUCACAGAGGUUAAGGAAGAAAAUAAUAUGCAGCAAUAUAAUUAUGCAAAGUCUAGUAAGGACAUCCUUAAGCAAAAUAUGAAUUAUUUCCAAAGUAAGUACAUUUUAAGCAAAUUAUCUACAGAAAAAAAAGUACAUAUGAAUGAGGGUUCUAUACAAAAGGUGGAUGAAACAAAAGUACCAAUUCUAAUUUAUGAAAUGCCUACUAGUGGUAUUUUAUAUCUGCAGUUUAUAUUUUCUAUAGACAAUUUAACACUAGAAGAACUGAGCUACUUAAAUUUAUUCAAAUCUCUAAUUCUUGAAAAUAAAACGAAUAAAAGAUCAUCAGAAGAGUUUGUAAUUUUAAGAGAGAAAAAUAUAGGGAAUAUGAUGUCGAACGUAGCAUUAUAUUCUACAAGUGAUCGUUUAAAUGUUACAGAUAAAUAUAACGCACAUGCUUAUUUUAAUUUCGAAAUUCAUGUAUUAAGUCAUAAAUGUAAUGAAGCAUUAGAUAUUGUACUAGAAGCAUUAAAAGAAUCCGAUUUUUCGAAUAAAAAAAAAAUUAUAGAGAUAUUAAAAAGAAAAAUUAAUGGAAUGAAAACAGCAUUUAGUUCAAAAGGGUAUUCCAUAUUAAUGAAGUAUGUGAAGUCUCAUCUCAAUUCAAAAUAUUAUGCACACAAUGUGACAUAUGGAUACGAAAAUUAUUUAAAAUUGCAAGAACAGUUACAGUUAGCAGAAACAGAUUUCCCAGCUUUUGAGCAGAUUUUAAAUAGAAUGAGAAAAAAAAUAUUCAGUAGGAGUAAUUUAAUAAUAAGUGUAACAUCUGAUGCUGGAGACUUAAAUCAACUUUUUGUGAAGUCCAAAGAAACGUUUAAAAAUCUUUUGAUGUAUUUUGAGGAAAAUGAAGCGAGUGUUAGAAGUAGUAACAACAACGGUAAUAACAUAACAGGUACUGGAUGGAAUGAUGAAAUAAAACAAAGCAAAGUGCUGGAAGGGGAACAAUCGAAAAAAGAAUUUUUUGUCAUACCAACGUUUGUGAAUUCUGUAUCAAUGUCGGGUGUUUUGUUUAAUGAAGGAGAAUAUUUAGAUCCUGCUUUUACAGUAAUUGUAGCAGCUCUAAAAAAUUCGUAUCUUUGGGAAACUGUUAGAGGCCUCAAUGGCGCUUAUGGUGUUUUUGCAGAUAUUGAAUAUGAUGGAGUCGUAGUAUUUUUAUCUGCUAGAGAUCCAAAUUUAGAAAAGACUUUACAAACAUUUAGAGAGGCAGCUCAAGGGUUAAGGAAAAUGGCAGAUACUAUGACGAAAAAUGAUUUACUCAGAUACAUUAUUAAUGCUAUCGGUACUAUUGACAGACCAAGAAGAGGAGUUGAACUGAGCAAACUCUCCUUUUUAAGGGUUAUAUCGAACGAAUCUGAGCAAGAUCGAAUUGAAUUUAGAAAUAGAAUUAUGAACACAAAAAAAGAAGACUUUUAUAAAUUUGCAGAUUUGUUAGAAAAAAAGGUUAAAGAAUUUGAAAAAAGUAUCGUUAUCAUAACAAGCAAGGAAAAGGCAAACGAUUACACGAAUAAUGUAGAUAAAGAAUUUAAAAAUAUUCUUAUUGAGUAA